AUGUCGACCAGCUUGCACCUGGAACUAUCACCGUACACACCCAGCUUUGCGGAAGAAAAGUCUGGAAGCUCCGGCCGCAUCUGCUGUGCCCGAGUUGGUCCGGUGGAGCGCCUCUACUGUCGGCCUCCUGCUAUGCCGGACGAUUGGAGCUUCUUUGCCAGGUGGCUUGACGAAUCUGGCGCAUGCGAAAUCAAUGAAGCAACGAAAAGCCAGUGUUCCGAACUCGAACCGCGAUCUGCCAUCCCCUUCGCAGUGACAGGGGCAAGUCGUGUUAGCGAUAAUUUGCCCAUCCUUCCAGACUCCCGAGGAGCAGGUUUAGCGGAGGGCGACCUCCUCCUGGUAGAUACCGCGGCCUGGUAUCACACCACCGAGAUCCCGGCUUUGACAGACUUUUCCUUCUCUUUGGCGCAGGACUUUUCCGAACGUCUGCCGGGCGAAAGGCAGGAAGCAAUGGAAGCAAUACAGCCCUUCGGCCCGAGCAGACAAAGAGGGUCUUUUUGGACUCUGGAGCCUCCUUGA